AGUAACUAGAUUCCGCGUUUCCGUCGUUUCUUCUCGCGUGUUUAAGCGGAAAAGCGGAAUCCGUUGUUUUCUUAUACUGAAAGCAAUCGCCACCGAUCGGCUGAUUGCGCACGCGCCGAUACGACAGCUGUCCCCGAUAACUGCUGCCCUCGGCGAUAAGCGUAUAGGGCGCAAACUAAAGCGGCGCGCGCGGGAGAGUCAAAAGGGUAUUUAAGCUAGCGAGCGGAAAGGCCCGGGACUCUCCUUCGAGCAGUACACCGAAAAAGAUAGUUGAUUUUGUAUACGGGAGUCUUUCGUAAUAAAUAACAGUCUUUGUCUUCAAGUGAAUAUUUUGUUGAGUGACUUUCAAACACCUUUCUCGAACCUUCGUACUUUCCGCGCUUUCUAAGAACAGUUGAAACUUUUAACGGUCAUCCGUAAUUAAAUUCUUCUUUUAAUAAUCUCGAUUUCUUACAAUACAUUCUUAUAUAUGAGUCGCGAGAUCGCUUUGCCGGACGAGUUUCCAAUGGAUAAUCCUGCAACAAAGUGCGGCUACUGUGGUUUCAUUUUGCGAGGGUCGUGUGGAAUAAUUUUGGAUCAUGAUUGCUUUGCCGCAUACAAUGAAGAUACUGACAUUAUAAGUGUUGACGAAAAUGCCAUCGUCACUAUGAGGAAGAGACUUGAAACUGAAGUUGUACAGCAUUCAAAGGCUGGAGCUGAACAGCGUGUGUCCACACACUCUACGCACACUCUCACACAAAAUGAAUUGCUGAUUGAGUUGGUUCGUGUUCGAAGAGCUUUAUGGGAUCAUUCCAUUCCAACUAGCGAAAGAACGAAGUUAAAAAAAAAUAAUCUGUGGCAAGAGAUUGUAAACGCAUUUGGUGAAUCCCUCACUUUAGAAACAGUAAAACAAAGAUGGAAACACCUUCGAGAUUCAUAUAUGAAAGCUAAGAAGAAAAUGCGAGGAUAUAUACGAAGUGGAUCGGGGGCGGAAUCAGGUCAUCCAUUAAAAAGUUCUUUCUACCAUUAUGAACAAAUGAGAUUUCUCGACAAUAUUGAAAAGAUAGCUCCAACUGCCAGCUCCAUUCAGCACUUUUUAGAAAUGCCUUCAUCUCAUAAUGAUGUGCAAAUGGAUACUAUGCAAGACGAUAACUUUGACAGUUUUGACGAUUCUAUAAUGGAUUCUGCAUACCCACCAUCAGAAACAUCACAAACUUCAUCAUGUUCCUCGGCACGGACUAAAAAGAACAAUGUCCAAAAGCAAACUGAAAUAGAAAAGAAAUUUUUAAGCAUGAUUGAUGAAGAAUUGUCGCAGAAAAAACGUGAUGUAGUCGACAGUUAUUUAGAACAGCUUGGCGACAUACUACGUCGAUUGCCCUAUAUACGACGCAGAAACCUACAAAGAAAAAUGCUCGAUAUUGCCAUAGAAGAAGAGGAUGCCAUGUUUGCAGAGAGGGAGAAUGCUAAUUAGAAAUAUUUCUUUAAUAUUAUAAAUUUUUAAUGUUUU